UAAGCAAGCAUACAUUAUGUCCUCCCAGGGAAGUCAUCAAUAUUGAAAUGAAAUCCACGACUCCCUACGAAAGAAAACUGAACAAGAAAUUACGGUGCUUAAUCGCAGAUAAAAAUUACGAUACAUUGCCUCGAGGACAAGUGCAUUUCAAUAAGUUGAGAACCUCCUCAUUCGCAUGUGAUUCAAAUGACGCACACUUUGCCAUCACUUGUAACGAACGAACUUUAGAAAAACUGACGGGUAUUAUUCUGGUAGAGGGGGAUGAGUUCGUGGCCACUACCACCGGCCUCCUAGCCAUCAAUAACAACAGCCCGAUAGAGAUAAUGCUGAUACUGGAAAAGAUUUCAGAGCCGCAUUUUGCACACGAUUACGUCCGAUCGGCAAAAUCAAGAGUUGUCGAAACGAGCAUCUCUCCAUUCACGUCCCGUGUACGGCGAUCGAGUGACGUCAUUCACGACGUAGCCACGUUUGGGAUUGAAAUAUUGGCCGUAGUAGACAGAAACAUAUUUAAGAAAUGGCUGGCUUAUGUUCGAGGACAAGACGCGACUGACAGAAUGGCGGCAGCGGAAAGGGAAAUACACGAGUACUACAUGCACGUGAUUCAUGGGGUUGAUCUCAGAUAUAAGAAUAUCGGGUUUUCUGACUAUCAGAUCUCAGUAAGACUGGCUGGAAUCUACAUUCUCAAGGACGAUAUAUUGUUGAGCGGUGGAAACGCGACUUACCUGGGGUCCUUCGGAAACAGCAGAGACGCUAACAUGGCGCUGGCUGACUUCCGGUCAUGGCUCAACCAAUCAGAACACUUGCCGGCCCACGACCACGCUAUACUGUUUACUGGAUAUGAUUUGUAUUCGGCAAAUGAUGAUGGGAAGAGACUAAACCAUACAUCAGGACUCGCGUACAUUGGAACGUUAUGUGACGCCGAGGACAGCGUGUCGAUAGUGGAGGAACACGGUGGGUUCCAGAGCAUCGCCACAGUGGCACACGAGAUCGGACAUAGUCUCGGCGCCCAACACGACGGUGAGAACAACACCUGUCGCUCCGAGGACAGGUUCACAAUGGCUGCUUCUGGUUUCGGGCCGCCACCGGAAGACAAGACUUAUAACGGAUGGUUCUUCUCGCCCUGUUCCGUACAAUACUUCCGUUACUUCAUAGCCGACAGUAUGAGCUCCGGUCGCUCGUGUUUAGAUGACUAUUCAUCCUCCAAAGCGGAUGUCAACCAUUACCAUUCGGGUGAAGCAACUUCAACAUUAGUAUUACCCGGACAGCAAUAUAAUCCGGACGAUCAAUGCAAACUUAUCUGGGGAAAGGAAUCCUAUCUAUGUAGGGGUGCCGAAUUUGGGAAUCACAGCACAAUCUGCACGGCGAUGUACUGCCGGGACCCUGCCUCGCCCAGUGACUGCGUCCUGCACACGGCGGCUUACGGUACUUCCUGUGGGAACCAUAAGUGGUGUAUCCAUGGCAAAUGCGAAUAUUCGAAGAACGCACCGACAUUCAAAGACGGUUGCGUGCUCGGGGACCAGCCCGGUAGUGCGUUCAACGGCCUCGGUUGCGGGGAGCUGGUGGCCCAGUCGCCGUCCUACUGCUACCAGGAAAAGGUUCGAGCCCGCUGCUGCCUCUCUUGUGCUGCCUUCAACACCCAUCACAACGGAUGCGAGUUCGGGGACCGAAUACAGGGUUGUCUCCCAUGGCACUGCAAUGGCGACCCGAACAUAGUCACCGAUUGUUGUGGCACUUGUCAGACAGGCAUACCGUACUCCACUCCUCCUGACAUGAGUACAACUACUGUGACAACGGAUGACGUCACUCACGUGAUCGACAGAUGCGUAGACACGCCUACAGUAGAUGACGUCACCGACUGUCGCGCAUACCUACGGUGGCACGGUCGUCAUGUAUGUUACAAUGAGUCGAUCCACCGGCGUUGCUGUAAAUCUUGCAGUGAUGAGAAAAUGCGGAACGAAGACUGUGCGUUCGGUGACCGGACCCCACACCUGUGUGCAGAAAUAGCAAACAGGACAGGCCUUCAUUGCGAUAUCUUUGGCGACCGGUGUUGCCAUUCGUGCGUAGUUACCAUGACUACCGAUAUCAAUAUCACCGGUGAUGCACGUAUUGCGUCUCAUUUGACCAUUCAUCCACUUUUCACAUUGCUUGUUUAUGCGUUAUGUUUAUUGAAUUCGUGAUUGAAUGGGUUCCUUUAUGGUACUCUUAUUGUU